AUGGCAAAAAUUCAUAUAAAUUUUAAUCAUAUUAUAUUAGUUGGUUUGAUCUUGGUUGUCUUAAUGGUAUAUACUAGUACUUGUUUUUCAAAUCAUGACAAAAGGAUCGAUUUGAGGAAACGACAAAAUACUGCAAAAUCACCAAGUCAGCCGAUCAACACACCUGCGUCUGCUCCCAAAAACUCUCCGGCUCAAGAUACACCGGCUGCUCAAAAAAAUCAAAAUGCGCCUGUUCAAAAUACACCUCAAAAUACACCUGUCCAAAGAGCAUCUCAGAAUACACCUGUCCAAAGAGCAUCUCAGAAUACACCUGUCCAAAGAGCAUCUCAGAAUACACCUGUCCAAAAUACACCUCAAGAUACACCUGCCCAAAAUGCACCUCAAAAUACACCUGUCCAAAAUACACCUCAAAAUACACCUAUCCAAAGAGCACCUCAAAAUACACCUCAAGAUACACCUGUCCAAAACACACCUCAAGAUACACCUGCCCAAAAUGCACCUCAAAAUACACCUGUCCAAAAUGCACCUCAAAAUACACCUGUCCAAAAUACACCUCAAAAUACACCUAUCCAAAGAGCACCUCAAAAUACACCUCAAGAUACACCUGUCCAAAACACACCUCAAGAUACACCUGCCCAAAAUGCACCUCAAAAUACACCUGCCCAAAAUACACCUCAAAAUACACCUGUCCAAGCUGCACCUCAAAAUACACCUGUCCAAGCUGCACCUCAAGAUACACCUGCCCAAAAUGCACCUCAAAAUACACCUGCCCAAAAUGCACCUCAAAAUACACCUGCCCAAAAUGCACCUCAAAAUACACCUGCCCAAAAUGCACCUCAAGAUACAUCCGUCCAAAAUACACCUCAAAAUACACCCAUCCAAAAUGUACCUACUCAAAACACGCCUCCAAAUACACCCGCCCAAAAUACACCUGCUCAAAAUGCACCGGUUCUGAACACACCAACACAAGAUACAUCUGUUCCAAAUGCACCAACACAAGAUGCGGCUCCAAAUACACCAACACAAGAUGCAUCUGUUCCAAAUAUACCAACACAAAACGCGGUUCCAAAUACGCCAACUCAAAAUGCGGCUCCAAAUACACCAACACAAGAUGCAUCUGUUCCAAAUACACCUGCAUCUGUUCAAAAUGCACCGACACAAGGUGCAUCUGUUCCCAAUACGCCAACACCAAACGCGGCUCCCAAUGCACCAACACCAAACGCGGCUCCAAAUACACCAACUCAAAAUGCGGCUCCAAAUACACCAACUCAAAACGCGGCUCCAAAUACGCCAACUCAAAACGCGGCUCCAAAUCAAAACCCAGCUUCAAAUACACCAGCUCAAAAUGCGCCUCCAAAUACACCAACUCAAAACGCGGCUCCAAAUACGCCAACUCAAAACGCGGCUCCAAAUCAAAACCCAGCUUCAAAUACACCAGCUCAAAAUGCGGCUCCAAAUACACCAGCUCAAAACGCGGCUCCAAAUACACCAGCACAGGAUGCGCCGGCUCGAAAUACUGGUAAUGUAAAACCAACACAGACUCAAGCUACAGCAGCAAAUAAAUUAGUUGUAGCUCGAACGACAACAAUUCAAGAUGUUUGUAAAGAAACUAUUAAUUGUAUACCCGACCCACCAGGCAAAGCUGCUACAGGAAAAAUUUUCACUUCAACUAUGCCACCAGAUACUUCAAUUGUUACUCAAACUCCUCAAAAUGAAAAUCAAAAAACUUUAACAAAAUUCACCCUAAAAACAUUUACAUCAACAAUUACUCAAGUAUUUCCAGGUUUUACAACUGUUGUUACCACUCAGCAACCUGACGGUGAAAUUGUUUCAUAUACUACUUAUGUCCCACCAAGCACCAUUAUUUCAUUUCAAUUAGUUACAGGUGCUAUAGCAGAUGAUUCAACUGAGGCAAUAGGAGACUAUGCUAAAGUUUUGGUCAAAAAGAUUACUAACGAAGGGUGUACAACACCAAAUAGAGUAUACAUAGCUCAGAGCAUAACAGGUUGUAAUUUAUAA